AUGAAGAGUAGAAAAAUUGAUUCUUUUUUCAAGAGGAAAGAAAGAGAUGACGAGAGUUUGACUUCUAUUUCUGAACCUCAAAGAGUUCUUCAGAAUCCAAGAAUUGAAGAAAAUGUUAGUAGAGUUUGUCCGGAUGACAUUGAGAAUUCUUUAGAAUGUGAUCCUGGAAAACAUCCUCCAAUGUGGAAAUAUCUAUUAAAUCAAAUGAAUGAAAUACGAAGAGCUUAUUUGAAAUGGGGUCCAUAUCAAAUGCAUUUAGAGCAGUAUCCAUUGUCUGGUAACAAAGAUCAUCAAAGAAGAUUUCAAUACACUUGGUUUAGCCUCUUUCCUUCAUGGUUAGAAUAUUCACCUUCAGAAGAUGAUGUUUAUUGCUUACCAUGUUAUCUUUUUAGCAAAAGACCAAGUGGACGUCCUGCUUCAUAUGUCUUUAUUUCUACAGGUUUUAGAGGUUGGAAGAAAGUUAAAACUGGAAAGCAUUGUGCAUUUCUUAAACACAUAGGGAGUGAUCCUUGUUCACCACACAACAAUGCUAUGAAAGCUUGUCAAGACUUGUUGAAUCAAAAUGGACACAUUAGGAACAUUUUUCAAGCUCAAAGUUCGACUGAAAUUAUGAAGAAUCGACUACGUCUCAAGACUUCAAUUGACACAGUUCAUUGGUUAACUUUUCAAGCUUGUGCUUUUAGAGGUCGUGAUGAAAGUAAAGAAUCAUUAAACCAAGGUAAUUUUCUUCAAUUGGUAAAACUUUUGGCAUGUUAUAAUGAUGAAGUUGCAAAAGUUGUGUUGGAAAAUGCUCCAUCAAAUAGCAAGUAUACUUCACAUAAAAUUCAAAAAGAGAUCUUACAUAUUCUUUCAAGUAGGGUGAAAAAGUAUAUCCGUGAAGAAAUUGGUGAUUCCAAAUUUUGUAUAGUUGUAGAUGAAGCUCGUGAUGAAUCUAAAAAAGAGCAAAUGUCUCUUGUUUUGAUAUUUGUUGAUAAAGAAGGUUUUAUACAAGAGAGAUUUUUUGGCCUUGCACGUGUUAAUGACACUACAUCUUUAACUCUUAAGCAAAAGGUAUGUGAUAUACUUUCUCUACACAGCCUUGAUGUCUCUAACAUUCGUGGUCAAGGGUAUGAUGGUGCUAGAAAUAUGAGAGGAGAAUGGAAUGUUACUGCAUCAAGGGAAGUUAAACCAAUUCAUCAAUUCUUUGAUAAAGUAACUCUUGUUGUGAAUGUUGUUUGUUCUUCUACAAAGAGACAUGAUGAGUUACAAGCUUCCCAAUUAGAUGAAAUUGAACAUUUGUUAGAGAUUGGUGAAAUUGUAACUGGUAAAGGUGAAAAUCAAAUUGGAUUAAACUAUGCUUCACGUGGAGAUGCUGAUAGUGCUUACAAUUACUUGAAAUCAUUUGAUUUUAUAUUCAUAUUGCAUCUGAUGAAAGAAAUUAUGGGUGUCACAAAUAUGCUUUGCCAAGCCUUACAACAACAAUCCCAGGAUGUAGUUAAUGAUAUAAAUUUGGUUUGUUCAACAAAAACUCUUAUUCAAGAAUUGAGAGAAGAUGGUUGGAAUAAAUUGUUUACUUGUGUGAAGUCUUUUUGUGAAAAACAUGAUAUUGAGAUUCCUGAUCUUGAUGAUGUUCACUCAACAACAAGAUUUGAGCAUUACUUUAGAGUUGAAAUAUUUUUCACUACCAUUGAUAAACAAUUACAAGAGUUGAAUAGCAGAUUUAGUGAGCAAGCGAUUGGUUUGUUAACUCUAAGUUGUGCUUUGUCUCCGAAGGAUAAUUACAAGGCUUUUAACUUUGAUACCAUUUGCACUCUAGUUGAAAAAUAUUAUCCUAUGGACUUCAAUGAGCAAGAGAGGAUUAAUUUGCAAUUUCAACUUCGACAUUUUAUUAUUGACGCUCGCCAAGCAUCGAGUUUGAAGAAUUUAUCAACUAUUCAAAACUUAUGUUCAUAUUUGGUUGCAACGGGAAAGAAUGGAAUUUAUUAUUUGAUUGAUAGACUGUUUCGCCUUGUCAUGACUCUCCCUAUAUCUACAGCCACUACUGAAAGAUUUUUCUCGGCAAUGAAAAUUAUCAAGACAAGAUUGAGAAGCAAAAUGGAAGCUGGUUUUCUAGGAGAUAGCAUGACGGUUAACAUUGAAAGAGAAAUUGCUGCAAAUAUUGAUUCUGAGACUAUUAUAGAUGAUUUCAAGCCACUCAAAAACCGUAGCGCAUUAUUAUAA